AUGAGCCUCCCCUCCAGCUCGAUGGCUGGGACGGAGCUGUAUAGCCACAGCGCCUCUCCCGUGUCUCAGGACUCCAGUGUUUUCUUCAACGAGACAACGGCAUCCUGCGUCAAAGACCCGCUCGACUUCUUCAUCAUCAACGUCGGGGGAAGUCGCUACAUGCUGUCCCUGGAGUUGCUGGCGUCCUACCCGGAGACCCGGCUGGGGAGACUGGCCUGCUGCAGCCGAGACUCGGCGCUUGAGCUCUGCGACGACGCCGACUUCCUGGAGAACGAGUUCUUCUUUGACCGAAACUCACAGACCUUCCAGUAUGUGAUGAACUACUACCGGACGGGUCACCUGCAUGUGAGGGAGGAGUUGUGUGAGAUCUCUUUCCUUCAGGAGAUCGAAUACUGGGGCAUCGACGAGCUUCGCAUCAACCCCUGCUGCCGCGAGCGCUACUACCGCCGCAAGGAGCAGAAGGAGAACCUGGACGUACGGCCAGCGUAUGAGCCCGAGGACAACGAUGAGGACUUUGUGGGUGCUGCUUGCCCGGCUCUCCGCCGACGCCUGUGGGACCUGCUUGAGAAACCUGAAUCAUCCCGCGCUGCUCGCACCUUCGGCUCGUUCUCAGUCUUCUUCGUGGUGGUUUCAGUCAUCAACAUGGUGCUCAUCUCGCUAGAUUUAGGGGAGGACUUUGGCGUGAGCGACGUCGGUAUCGGUGCACCGCUGCUGUUCGAUGCCCUGGAGUACGUGUGCGUGGUGUGGUUCACGGGCGAGUUGGCACUUCGGUUUCUCUGCGUGAGGGAUAAGUGUCGCUUCAGUCGAAGUAUUCCCAACGUGAUCGAUCUGCUGGCCAUCCUGCCGUUCUACGUGACGCUGGCGGUGGAGAGCCUCCAUGGAGGAUCCACAGAGCUGGAGAACAUGGGCCGUGUGGUUCAGGUCCUCCGACUGCUCAGGUCGCUCCGUAUGUUGAAGCUGGGACGACACUCGACAGGCCUGAAGUCUCUGGGUUUGACCAUUGCUGAGUGCUACGAGGAGGUCGGCCUGCUACUCCUCUUCCUCGGUGUCGGCAUCUCCAUCUUCGCCACUGUGGUUUUCACUUUGGAGCGCGAUCUUCCCGCCACCACUUUUACCAGCGUGCCGGCCGCUUGGUGGUGGGCGACCACCUCCAUGACGACGGUCGGCUACGGAGACAUCCGGCCUGACACGGCUGUGGGGAAGUUGCUGGCCUUCCUUUGCAUCCUGUCCGGGAUCCUGAUCCUGGCGCUGCCCAUCGCCAUCAUCAACGAGCGCUUCUCCGCCUGCUACUACACCAUGAAGGUGAAGGAUGCGGCGAUGAGGCAAAACGAGAUGCUGAAGAGGCUGGCCCGCGGCUCGGUGGGGGGAAUGGGCGAGGGAGGAGUGGGAGGAGGCAUGAACUUGAGGGACGCCUACGCCCGGAGCAUUCUGGAGAUGUUGAGGCUACAUGGCCCAGAAAGGGUGAGCACCCAGAGCAGCAGAGGAGAGGAAAUGUGGUGGUAA